AUGCCGGUGUCAAGGUUCUUCGGGAGAAGAGGCCUGCCGGAGAAGGUGUACAGCGACAACGCCACGAACUUCGUAGGAGCGUGCAACGUGCUGAAGGAGCUGAGCGAAGCGUUUUACCGCAGUCGGGACGAGCUGAGCGGAUACGCGGCUCAGAGAGGCGUCGAGUGGUGUUUCAUACCGCCGAGGUCACCACACUUCGGAGGACUUUGGGAAGCAGCCGUCAAGUCCGCCAAAACCCGGUUGCUGCGAGCAGUCGGCAACGCCAAGCUCACAACGGACGAGUUGAGCACCCACCUGGUCGAGGUAGAGGCGCUGCUCAAUUCGCGUCCAAUCGCGUCGCCGGGCAACGAUCACAACGAUGGAGAGGCCCUAACACCAGGACACCUACUAAUCGGGCAGCCUCUGAUCACGCUGCAGCAAGAAUCCGGCACAGGAGGAGUUUGCAGCAAGGCCAGUUGCGCGUAUUUGAAGCGGUGGCGAAUGCUGUCCGCUCUCAAGCAGCAGUUUUGGGACGGCUGGUCCAAGGACUACAUCGCCAGCCUGCAGCAGCGCAACAAAUGGAGCGUCGGAUGCCGCGAUCUGGAGGUCGUCCACAAGGACAACGUGCCCCCGCAGCGUUGGCUAACAGGCCGCGUGGCCUGA